AUGCAUUUCCCGGAAUCUCACAGUCGCUUCUUGAAAAGCGUACAAGAUGCGCUCCAGCGCUAUGAUUCACAGCUCAAUGACAUCAAUCAAAAGAUCUGGUCAAACCCAGAGCUUGCCUAUGCAGAAUUUGAUGCUCAUGACAACAUCUGUGCGCUUUUUGAAAGCCUCAAGUCGGAAGGAUAUUCAGUCCGGAGAAAGGCGUAUGAACUAGAGACUGCGCUCGAGAUUGAAUACACCCAAGGCAGUGGGGGCCGAGUAGUGGCUUUCAAUGCCGAGUACGAUGCUCUGCCUGGAAUUGGCCACGCUUGUGGCCAUAAUCUCAUCGCAACAAGCUCAAUCGCGGCAUUCAUUGCCACUUGCGAGGCCAUGAAGGCUCAAGCUGAAUCCUCAUCAGCCUCGGGAUUUACCGUUCGUCUGCUAGGUACCCCGGCUGAGGAAUCAGGGGGUGGUAAAGUGCGACUGAUCAACAAGGGUGCUUAUAAGGGUAUUGAUGCCUGCCUUAUGGUCCACCCGGUACCGAUGGUACCCGGAAAACCAGAGUUGAUGGGUAUUGCAACCACCCUCGAAGGAGGAUUCCUCGCCAACGAUAAAGUCAAAGUAACUUUUACGGGCAAACCUGCCCAUGCUGCAGCGGCUCCAUGGGAAGGAAUCAAUGCACUAGAUGCUGUCGUGUCUGCAUAUGUUAAUAUUUCUCUUCUCCGACAACAGAUUCUACCAACCCAGAAAGUUCACGGAGUCAUUGUGAACGGAGGGGAUCGACCUAACAUUAUCCCCAUGUCUGCUCAAGUCGACUAUUAUAUCCGCUCUCCAACCAAGAAGACACUUAAGCCCUUGACCGAAAAAGUGCUGAAAUGCUUCGAGGCUGCUGCGACCGCUACUGGGUGCAAGGUUGAAUUUGAAUGGGGCCCUUCAUAUGAUGACUUGAAGAGCAACAAGCCAAUCUGCGAAAGUUAUGUGUCGGCAAUGCGAGCAAUGGGGUACCACACCUUGCUUGAUAACUCUGGAGAAAAGAGCGCCCUUGCUGGAGCAUCCACAGAUAUGGGAAAUGUUUCUUACGUUGUUCCUGGAUUCCACGGACUAUUCACCAUUCCUGUUGAUGGUGUUAACCAUACACCACAGUUUACUAGUGGUGCUGGAUCUGCUGAGGGCUUCAAGCGCGCCAUUGGUUGUGCGGCAGGUAUGGCCAUGGUCGCUUGCCAACUCUUGGUUGAUGAUAAAUUUGCGGAAGAUGUCAAGAAGAAUUUUGAGGAAUGA